AAAAAACUGAUAACUCGCUUCUGGUGACACGAAUAUUGUCCAGUCUGAAAAACAACAACAUUCAAAAUGCGGUCGUUCGUGUUCUGGACUUCUUUUUUAACCGCAGCUUUACUCAUCUCAAUCACUGAGGCACAAAUUAGGAGAGAUGAUGGAAACCCUUGGAAUAUGAAAAUCUCUCCGGACGACUUGCAAACGUUGUUAGAUUCGGCCAGAUCGCAAAUGAAAGGCAAAGGAAAAAUGGAUAGAAUUGAGAUUGCCAAAGAGUUGCUGAAAAAGUACUCAGUGGAUGAGGUCCAAGGGUUCCCAGAUCCACCGACUGAAGAGGACGAGCAAUAUAGAUUUGAGGAUGAGGAAUAUAGAGACGAAUUAUAAGGAAUUAUUUCCAAAUUUUUAUGUAUUACAAAAAUGU